GAUCUCUCCCUUGGGUAACCGACGGGGGUAGCAAUGAAGGAGCGGAGGAUCUACACGCUCCUCGGCCUCCUCCUCCUCGCCGCCGUCGGCUACCUCAACUGGUCAUCGAGCGGCGGGGGCGGUGGCCGCGGUGGCGUCCGGAUACCGAUCCCGUGGCUCCAGCCGAAAAUGGGUUUCGUCGGCAGGAACGGGACCCGGUUCAUCGACCUCGAAGACGGGUCGCCGGCGUACGUCAACGGAUGGAACUCCUACUGGCUCAUGUCGUCCGACUCCAGCGAUCGGGUGGUGGAGAUGCUCCGGCGUGGGAGGGCGAUGGGGAUGUCGGUGUGCCGGACCUGGGCGUUCAGCGACGGUGGACCCAACGCGCUCCAGAUCUACCCUGGUCACUUCGACGAGCGGAUCUUCCAGGCACUGGAUUUUGUCAUAUAUCAAGCAAGGAAGCAUUACAUACGGUUAAUUCUUUGUCUUGUAAACAAUCUUGGCGCAUUUGGGGGAAAAUCUCAGUACGUUAGGUGGGCACAAGCUUCUGGGAUCAAUGUGUCAACUUCCACAGAUCCAUUUUUCUCGCAUCCAACCAUCAAGGGCUACUAUAAGGAUUAUGUUAAGGCAAUAAUUUCAAGAAAGAACACAUAUAGUGGCAUCAGAUACCGCGAUGAACCUGCCAUAUUUGCUUGGGAGCUCAUUAAUGAGCCUCGAUGUGAAUACAAUUCAUCCGGUCCACUUCUUCAGGCCUGGAUCGCUGAAAUGGCAUCCUAUGUAAAGAGCUUGGAUGAGAAACAUCUUGUCACAGUGGGGCUUGAAGGGUUUUAUGGACCUGCAAGGAACGACCGGUUGGGUGCUAAUCCAGGGUCAUGGGCAGCUUCACUUGGUUCUGACUUCAUACAAAACUCAGCAAUUGAGAAUAUUGAUUUCGCUUCGGUACAUGCAUAUCCAGAUAGCUGGAUUCCAAAGGCAAGCCUGGAAGAAAAGGUUGAGUAUCUCUCAAGUUGGGUUGAUUCUCACGUCAAUGAUAGUGAGCAUGUGCUAAAGAAACCAGUCCUCUUCUCCGAGGUUGGCUCCCAUUUGCGUGUAAAGAAAAAUGGGACAUAUGACAGAGACAUAUUACUGAAGAUCGUCUAUGACAAAGUAUACGAGUCAGCUAAGAAGGGGCAAGCUGCAGCGGGUGCUUUAAUUUGGCAAUUGAUGGUUGAAGGAAUGCAGAGUUAUCAGGAUGAGUUCUCAUUGGUAGCAAGCGAGCACCCAUCCACAUAUAAACUGAUAGCACAACAAUCUUGUCGACUGAGAAACUUGCACAUGACAAAGGAUAACACAAGUAGAGAAGUUGUCCAGAGCUGUUUGGAGCCACCAUCCUAAGGAUCGAAGACUUCCAACCAAGGUAGAAAUGGCUAUUUGAUGACAUGAUCAACGACGUAGAGAUUUGUUUAUGAAAUAGAGAGAGAUUAGAUUUGACAUCCUGCGAGCUACCACCAGAAGCAUUCAGACAAGAAGACCAACUACUAGUUGGAAACGAUUGCGACAAAGGAUGGAAAGGAUUUGUAUGUUAUUUUUCACUGGCACACAUGAUGGAUUUUUUUCCAUAUUAGAAGAGUAUGUAGCACAUGAAGACAACAAACUUAUUCAUGAUUACUUGUAAUUACUUGUGAGAAUAAAUUGAUCAAUUCCUUGUUUUUU